GAAGUGGUAUCGCCCAAACAGGAAGUAGGCUUUUCACACAUUAGUAAUCAGCACUAGUCAUUGCCGGCGAGUUGAGUGGGGAUAUCAUAGAAGUUUCGUCAAAACUUCACUACAUUUAUCGUGACUGGGACCUAACACAACACAAUGGACAACCGAAGUUUAAUCCUGAGUAAUGGCGAAGCGAACCAAGACUCGCUUAUGUCUGCUCUGAAUAAAUUUGUGCAUGCCGUGGAUUCAAUGGACGAUACUGUUAUGAUCCCGAACCGACUCAAAGAUAUGGAAGUAACUGCCUCAAAUAUACCCGUGGUAGCCGAGGAGAACAAUAACAAGGCAAUGUUAUCUACUGUGAAACAAGGUACGGACUUAUAUAGUUUUUACUCUCUUCUAAAAACAGUUAAGACGGACUUAACAGUCGGUACACAUAGAGUGCGAUCAGCUGUGUUAAGUGAAUCAGAAGAGGCCCUAGAAGGGGAAAACGAAAAUAACCACGUAGACGAAUCGGCUAAGAAAACAGCUGCAGCUUUCCAGCAUCAUUUGUCAGGCAUAUUUAGGCUUCUACAUCAAAUGACAGACACUGCUAAUUAUUUAACGAAUCGUUACGAGUCGGAAGUGGGCGGGAAAUCAUCUCAAAACCCCACAUUCGCACCUUUUGCAAUCUGACCUUACCGACUGAGGAAACACCCCAAAAAAAUCCUUGACGACCUGGAUAAUGCAAGAAAUUCUUCAGAUACCGAGAGCGUAUCAUCGGAGUAAAAACUAAAUUGUAGAAACCAGAAACCAAUGGUGUUCGCAACUCGUGAAAUGUCCACAAAAUAAAAGAACGUUACUACCGACAUCACCGCCGGCAUCAUCUGUUUGGACCAUGCCAGCAUCUGACAAUGUAGAAAGUGUGAUGUACUGUAAGUAGUAAUCGGACGCCUUGAUAAGAAUCCAUUUUCCAAUAUUCACAAUUUUGCUCAAAUAUAGUUCUUGCUAUUGUUACUCCGAUUUCCGUGUUGGAGAGACAGUCGGUCGGUGUGUAUAUUGAUAAACGAUUUAACUGUAUCCUAUUUUAGUGAAGUGACACAUUGUGCUCUCUGCUUUGCGAUACCUAUUGUUUCGAUUAUGGUGCCAUAUAAUGGUGAUAGUGCUUGGAUCUGUAUUGAUACAAACCUUGGAUACUGGAUGUGUGGAACUGGAACUUUCCCAUAACCAUUCAUCCAUGACGAGUCAUCGAAUCGGCAGUAUAGUUCCAGUGUUUACAUGGAUCUUGUUGCCAAAAUAGAGUACGAGCGUGUGUGCAUGUUUAUUGUGGCGAUCUUAGGGCGUGCGUGACUGAUAUAAAUAUGAGGUGUUCAUAGACUUGUUAAAUAAGCCCAGGUUCAUACUGAUUUAAAUUGCCAAUGCUAUCUCAGCAAUUAGUAUUAAACAUAGUUUACUUGCGUUAAUGGAGUGUCGAUAUUGUCGUCUGUGACGUCACGACGACAUGCUGUUUAUGCUGUUGGGUCUGUGUUUGAUGAUAAAAAAUUGAACUUUGUUGUGUGAUAAAAAUUACAGUGUAAGCCCCGAAGAUUUACAGCAGAAACUAGACAAUAACGUGAUUAUAAAAUUCGUGAAUGGAAAAAAUCGGAACCUGUUGAAUUGAUGGGUGAUAAGCCUUGUACGUGUAUACGUAGUUAUUUAUUAACAAAAUUGAGUUGUGUUCAUUUGGUAUGUGAUGAUCGUGAAUGAUAUGUAUACGUGUUAUAUUGUAUAUGGAUGUUUAAAUGUUCGAGAAUAUCUUUUAUGUUAUUUACAAAUUAAUAAGUUCUAAACUUCGCCUUAUAAAAUGAAAUUAUUUAUAUGUCUACAUUAAAUAUAUGAAAGUAGUAA